AUGGCGGCGGAACGCGCGCACGAGGCGCUCAUGAAGCGCCUGAACGCGUGCCUGAAACGCCCGGAGAAUAUCCUGUGCGUGGACUGCCCGAUGCGCCUGCCGAGGUGGGCGUCGUUGAACUUGGGCGUCUUCAUGUGCACGAACUGCAGCGGCAUACAUCGCGGCCUGGGCGUGCACAUCUCGCGCGUCAGGAGCACGCAGCUCGAUAAGUGGACGGAAGAUCAGGUCGCGUUCAUGGAGAAGAUGGGGAACGAACGCGCGAACGCGUACUGGGAGAAGAACAUCCCGCCGGGGGCGAAGCCGAAGACGUCGGAUCUCCCCACCGUCGAGCGGUUCAUCCGCGCGAAGUACGAGAGGAGAGCGUACGCGGACAGG